AUGUCGUGGUACUCUAAAAUUUAUGUGUUUGUGCGAAACUAUCGUAAAAAGCAUCCAUUUCGAGGAUUUUUUUUAAAUUUAGCUCUAAAUGCGCUUCUUCUCAUGCAACUUCUCAUUUUCAUUUAUUCAUACUAUGUGUAUACCUGGAUUACCUGUUUUCAAUUCUUAACAAAUCGAAUUCAAAUUACAAUUUAUUUAAUUGUUUUCAAUGUAAUUCUCUUUAUGAUGCUUUGGUCUCUUGUAAUGUCAAUUGUCACACCAACUGCUCGAGUACCUAUUCAGUACUUUACUGAUAAGGAGACAGAUGAUAAGAUAAAAGCAGUGACACCAUUCAAAGAGGAUCGAUAUCUUCCGGAUACAUCAACCAAAGAACAGAUGCAAAAUCAAUCUGAUAUACUGAAUAAUUUUGCUGAAAAUAAAGGAUUACGUUUUGUUGAGGUGGACAAUUACAAUCGUUUAAGAUACUGUUAUCAAUGUUCACUUAUCAAACCUGAUCGAUGUCAUCAUUGCUCAUCUUGUGGUUACUGUGUGGUCAAGUAUGAUCAUCAUUGUCCAUGGAUUAAUAAAUGUGUCUCAUUUAAUAAUUACAAAUAUUUUAUGCUUUAUCUUAUUUACAGUUGUAUUUUGUUAGCUUGGGCUUUGUUAACAAGUAUAGAAUGUAUUAUUCGUUAUUUUAUACGACAACAAUGGACCGAACAAAUUGUUAAUUUUAUUUGUGUUCUUUUAUGUGUCAUUUUAUUUGCUAUUUUUGGUUAUUAUCCACUUGGUGAGCUUUUAAUUUAUCAUAUACGACUUGCAACACUUAAUGAAACCACCUGCGAGCAAGCAAAACCACCAAAUAUUCGCGGGGAUUCAAAUGCUGAUUAUAAUAUGGGAAUAUAUCGUAAUUUACGGGCUGUAUUCGGUUGGGGUUUAUGGGCAUUUCCGGUAGAUUCUCAUGUAGGAGACGGAAUACACUUUCCCAUUUGUUAUUCGGAACGAUCAGCAGCAUGUACUGAGAUUCGAUAUAGUGUAUGUCGAGAAGAUGAACCGGAAAAGAAUUAUCAGUAUCAAUUCUGA